GACCACAUUACCAUCUCCACCAAAAAGGAAAGAGGGAGAUAACUAGAAGACAAACAAGGAUGAGCUAAAUGAUACUUACUUCUAACAAACAAAAGUCAAAGAUUGUGAAAUCCAUCUUGAAAAUAAGUUAAGCAUAACAUGCUGAAAUCACAUAAAUAUUCUCCGCAGCAAACAAAGAUACGAGGUUCAUCAGAGUAGAGAGAGAUGAAGGUAGUUAAUGCGGCGGUCUUAGUGUGGCUAACAUUGAAGAACACACUCACAACAGAUAGAUUAGGAUCAGAAAUUGAUUUUGGUACAUCAUUAUGGUUCAUUUACGCCGGUCUUUGCGGAUUUCUCGUUGUUUUUGCUGGUUUAAUGUCUGGUUUAACUCUUGGUUUGAUGUCUCUUAGUCUUGUUGACUUAGAGAUUCUCAAGCGUAGUGGAACUCAAGAUGAGAAAAAACAAGCAGCUUCUAUCCUCCCUGUUGUUCAAAAGCAGCACCAACUUCUUGUGACAUUGCUUCUAUGCAAUGCAGUCGCCAUGGAGGCACUUCCUAUAUAUCUGGACAAGCUUUUCAAUCAGUAUAUAGCUAUUGUUCUCUCUGUAACUUUGGUCCUAGCUUUUGGGGAGGUUAUUCCCCAAUCGAUAUGCACUAGAUAUGGCCUUGCGGUUGGUGCAAAUUUCAUAUGGCUUGUCCGCAUAUUGAUGAUAGUUACCUACCCAAUUUCUUAUCCUAUUGCAAAGGUAUUGGACUGGUUAUUAGGACAUAGUGAAGUACUCUUCCGGAGAGCUCAGCUAAAAGCACUUGUCUCCAUUCAUGGUCAAGAGGCUGGAAAGGGAGGUGAACUUACCCUUGAUGAGACAACAAUUAUUAGUGGAGCAUUAGAUUUGACGGAAAAGACGGCUCAGGAGGCAAUGACGCCUAUUGAGUCAACUUUUGUGUUGGAUGUGGACUCAAAAUUGGACUGGGAAGCAAUGGGAAAGAUCCUAGCUCGUGGGCAUAGCCGCGUACCUGUUUAUUCUGGAAAUCCAAAAAAUAUUAUCGGACUUCUUUUGAUAAAAACUCUUCUAACAGUACGAUCUGAAAGUGAGACUCCUAUAAGUGCAGUUUCCAUACGAAAAAUUCCAAGGGUUCCAGCAGACAUGCCUUUGUAUGAUAUACUGAAUGAAUUCCAGAAAGGUCAGAGUCAUAUGGCAGCUGUGCUGAAGGCAAAAUCGAAGAGUACUAAAAUUUUACCAACUGUUGAUGUUGGAAAAUCUCAUCAGUCAGCAGUCAGUGAUAUCAAGUGCGAUUUAGCUACUCCGUUAUUGUCCAAAGUCAAUGACAAUUCCGAAAGUGUUCUAGACAUUGAAAACAUCUCAAAAGAAGGAAACGUGACCAAUAAGCAAAUUUCACAACAGGAUAAUGUUCUUCCCAUAUCUACACCGUAUUCUGUAGAGGACAUUGAUGAGCGAGAGGUUAUUGGCAUCAUUACCCUUGAAGAUGUAUUUGAAGAGCUUUUGCAGGAGGAGAUUGUAGAUGAAACAGAUGAAUAUAUUGAUGUUCAUAAGAGAAUACGUGUUGCUGCAGUUGCAGCUGCUUCUUCAGUUGCGCGUACACCAUCUUAUCGGAGGUUAACUAGCCAGAAGACUCUACAACAGGGCAUUGUUAAAGAUGGUCCUGACUUUACUUGAUUUCAAAAGAGACAUACAUUCAGGCAUUAUGGGCUAACUCCAACGAAACGCUGUGGUGUUCGCCAGCCAAUGUUGGUGAUGGGUGGUUGAUACUCUCCUUCUGGUUUCCAUCUCGCCAACCUUGGUAAAAAUAGACAUGGUUAUCCCAUUCAUAUAUCCAAAUUGAUGGAUCUUGGACAAAACAUUCUCAAAGAAUAGGGUAUUUUUUGGCUUCUUGAUCAGACUCCCAUGCAACAACAUAGAGGCGGGGGAGAUUUUGGCCUCUCUCAACUUGCACUUCAAACAUAGGUUCUAGCUUGCUUGCAUGCCUUAAGAUGGGCUCGUUUGAUGUCCUCUCAACUUGCAAUUUGUUGAUGCUUUCUAACCUUGUUGUACUCUUACAGGGAGAAGCAAGACAACAUAUCCAGCUCUGUUGCUGUUGGACAAUUUUUGAAAUUACGACUGUGUCUGUUACUUUUCAAUGGCGCAUCGUAUGUAAAGGAACUCACACAAUUAGUUGCAGAAGCAUAGAGUGGUUAAGCAAUGUACUAACACUUUAUCUAGUUUUCUACUUCUAUGUAAUUUCCGCUUAUGUCAAAUACAUAUAAUAUAUAUAUAUGUGUGUGUGCGCGCGCGCGUAUUCGUUCUUGUGGGAAAACAACGGUCCACUAGAUGCAGAAGUCCAUCUUAAGAUCAUGUCUAAAGGGUUCACUUCUCAACAAAAACAGAUGUAGGACACAGCCUUAAUGUCUUCGGAACAUGCCCUAAAACUUCCAACUCUUCAAAUGGAUCAAACUUCAGUAUAAUCCAUUUCAGUUAUGCACUAAUGCCCCCAUGAAUCAUAUAUUGUAAAAACUACUAGUUCUUGAGAUGCAGCAUGUACAUCAAUAAUCAUAUCAUAUAUCGUUCAUGUUUAGCAAGUGUCACUCUUAUCAUAAACCUUGUGGGAAAAAAAAAACAUCACUCUCAUCACAAGUCAUUCAGGUUUAGCAAGUAUUUAGAUUAUUGAAUAAUAGAGUUGUUACCUUCAAUAUAUAAUUUUAAAAUGACUACCAUUUCAGAAUUUGUUACAAUAAGUUUUUUACGUUUCUAAAUAGGGGGUUAGAUCUAGUAUCUAUCUAACAGAUAUUCCCACUGAAUUUCAUACAUGCAAAUUAUACAAGCUUGCCAUAUGAUACAAGGCAAGUAACAGAAGACCAAACGAUUGUGUAUUCACCCAAAGUAAUAGCAAGGUGCAAAAACACUGUCAUAGUCACUAACCGAACAUCUAAUUUAUGUCAUGGCUCUAAUUAACAGAUGGAUGGCGAAGAAAAGCAACCGAAUCUUAUAUAACUAUGAUGAAAUGCGCUCAACCUGCUUCUGCUUCUUUGCUCUACUACUGCCAUCUUCUUCCAAUACCUUCAAUUUGUUCUUUAUAGCAGCUAUUUUUGCACUUCGACUCAUUUGUCCAGAACCAGAAGCACUGCCUGAAUGAGUUGAUCUGCUCACAGCUCGACCACUCUUAGAUGAAUUCCCUACCACUUCAGCAGCAGAUUUCUCGCUAGCAAGGCGUAUAACCAAAGGCCGUCCACAAGCCAACCUCCCAUGCAUCUUCUCCUUGGCUAGUCCAGCUUCCUGCAUGCUCACUUCAAUAAAUAAAGUAAGAAAUUGUUUCUUCUUUUGUUCCUGCGGCAGGCCACCAAAAAAAAAAAAAAAAAAAGAGAAAUUACAGCUGCAAGACGGGCUCCAGUAUAUAGGCAGCUUACCUCUUUUGUGCUGUACUGAACAAAAGCAAAGCCACGUGGUUCCCCUCGUUUUGGUCCCCGAGUGUGCAAUAAGAAGUCCUCGGAUUCAAUCUUCCCAAAUGGGGAGAACAUCUUCAGAAGAAUGGCCCUUAAUUGAAA